CCUGAGCCCUGGCCCCUGUCCACGCUCUCUCUCUCUCUCCUUACGGAGUGGAGGCAGACACCACUGACAAUCAUCCACAAAGUGCAAGUUCAAGUCGUUAACAAAAUGCAGGCUCACCCACCUGCCCUGGCCAACCCCAGGAACCCUAGACCGACUACCCGCAGGGGCAAAGCAGCCCCCUCCGACCCCAGGGCUAUAGCCACUGUCUAUUCUGAGCACCAGGUGCCCACGCGGCUGAAGUCUACACCAGCUUGCGGAAACAGGGCUUCUCUCUAGGAAAUGGGAUGGCGGGUAUCUUUUAUUUUCUUCUUUUUUGCUUAUCCACAUUUUUCAACGUUUCCGCCAUAAACACGAUGUAUGUGUGUGUAAUGAAGAUGACUUUUCUAAGAUGUUAAAUAGAGCGGUGGGUUUCUAGUUUGCUGAGAAGUGGCGGGGUGCCCUUUCCUUACCCCCGCCUGCCCCCCACUGUUGGUGCUGGCAGGGCCCUGUGCAUGCAGCACACGGGAGGAGGGCUGGGGUCAAGGGCCACCUGCACGUGGCGGCCUUGGGUGUCUUCAGAACAAGGUCCACACCCGGGGGCCCCAGCAAAGAAGCUCUGUGCUCCCUCUCCAGCCCUGAACCCCCCUGCUGCCCCUGGUCCGCAUGACUAACCAUCUAAUUCUGGAGAGAUGGGGACUCAUCGACUGAUCUCGCCUCCUCCAGAGAGCAGCCCAUUCGUUUCCUGAAGUGACUGGUCCCCUGGGAAGUGGGCCAGGACCGGCCUUUGCAGCACUCAGCAGCAAGCAGGGGAGAAAGAAGAGAUCACACAGUAUGAAGAGGAUGAGAGUUCAUGUCCCUGUUAAAAAGCAAAGAUUAGACCAAAGCUAUAAAAGUAGAUGCAUGGCGCACGCACCACUACCGUGCAUCCGCUGCCCAGAGCAGACAUUACUAAUCGAUCACAGCACUUUAGCCUCACGGAGACCCAGCCUCAGAGCGUUUCUUGGUGCAGCCUCAGGCAACUUGACCAUCAGUUGCAAGUGCAACCGGAGAUGAAUCUCAUUUGUCAUCCCCGGAGUGCUGGGGUCGGUGGCACUAACCCUUCCGACAAGUCCACUUUGACCCCUGGGAGCCACGGCCACGAGGUCCUUUUAGAUCUAGAGCCUGCACCCAACAGCGCUACAAGGCCCGUAGUUGCUAAUUCCCUCCAGCCCAUGGGGACGUCCCUCUUUCCAGCGUCGGGGACACCCCCAGCCGGGUGUGGCCCUCGGUUCUGCCAGAUGGCACAUGAGAGGUCAGCCCCCCACCGGACUCCUGAGUCAUGGAACGCUCCCUUCAAAUCGGAGCUCAGUCACAAGGUCAAACUACAAAACAGACUGAAGCGGAACCGCUGCGUUAGACCAGGCAGUGGCAGUCCCAAGCCACAGCCACACAAGGCCGCCCCGCCCCCGCCGAGGAGGACUUCCCAGGAACUCCUGGCGCCCCGUGGGGCAGUGGGCGAUCUCGGACCCUGUCCAACCCCAGCACUUCAUGGAUGGGGAAACAAAGGCCAGAGAGGAGACGAGAAUGCCCAAAACUCACACAGCAGGGAGCGGGCGGCAGGCACAAGAGCCCAGGAGCCUCCCGGGUUGGGGCCGGUCACCCAGCCCGGCCUCGAACGCCUGUCCUCUGUUCCUCCCGUGAUGCAUCUCCACCCCCGUUCCAGAUCUGCAGCCUCCCCCUCCUCGGCCUCCACGCUCCGGCCUGCCUUGCGGAUGUCCCCACCAUGGGACGCCAGGAGGAGCCCAAACGCCCCUUCCAGCAAACACCCAGCUCUCCCCCCACCGGCAUUCAUUCCCGCCCCAGCGGCCCCUCCAGCCGUGCCAUCGCUCGGAGCAUGGAGCCGAGGCCACCGUGACCCUCCCUCCUCCGGGAACUAGUCUCCAUGGCCUCACACCCGGACCUGGACCCCGGCCCUCCACUUCUC